AUGGACGAAGAAGAGGACAUCGACAUAGCUGCAGCUAUGGGCUUCUCCUCGUUUGGGGGAACCAAAAAGCGAAAAUUCGACCAUGAAAACUCACCAAAGGCAAAAGCCGAUGCAAGCGGUGCAAACUCCACCAAACUCGGGGUUAGAACGAAGAAAGUCGCCAGCGGAGAAGCAAAUGAGCCUGAAGCCUCCGAGUCAAAGAAGGCCCCGGUAACAGAUUCUGGUCUUGCCAGCUUCCUAGCACGUGGCCAAACCCUUCCGGAAAUUCCCCUUGGCGCUGCGAAUGGCCCUGCUCCGAACGAUCAGUCUGCAAUGGAAACUAUGUCGUUUGGUGGACCUCCCGUUUCGAGAGCAGAACUAAAUGCGCUUCGUAAUGGAGUUCAGAACGAGAACGGGGACACGGCCUAUUUUCUCCCAAGCUUCGUUGAGGACCCUUGGGCCAAGCUCGGAAAAGGCAACAGUGGAUGA